AUGUCGACAGACUCGAAGCCUCUCACUGCAUUCCAGCAGUCUUACCACUGGCGCAACAAGAACUGCGGUCCUUGGGCGCACAAGUGGGUCAAGGACAACCUCCCUGGCCUCAAGGUGGAGGACGGCACCCUCGCUGCCGAGCUCACCGAGGUGACCAACGUCAGCGGUGACUGCGACCUUGGCCAGCGCAAGGGCAAGCUCCUCACGAUCUACGACAUUGAGAUCGAGGCCAAGUGGAAGGGCGCCACCAAGAGCGGCAAGGAGGUGACUGGUCGCCUGUCGGUGCCCGAGUUCAGCCACGAGGCGAUCGACGGCCUCUCCGACUACGUCUUCACUUUCAGCGUCGACGAGUCGUCUGCCGAGGCCAGCGAGCUUCUCGCAUACGUCCGCAAGGCGUUCCCUCCCGUCAUCUCGGAGCGCUUCAACGCGUUCCGCGGCGAGCUCCUGAACGCCCACGGCAUCUUCACCGACGCCCACAUCACCCCCGGCGCUUCGGGUGCCUCGACCCCCGUCUCGGUCGCCGCUCGCGCUACCGAGUCGUACUCGCCCGCUCCCCCCGGCGAGGUCCGCGCCAAGGCCACCCCUUCCCCGGCCCCCAAGCCCAAGGAGGCCCUCACCAAGACCUCUACGGUCGAGGUCACGGCCAACCUCCAGGCCUCGGCUGACGACCUCUGGUCCCUCCUCACCGACCAGAACCGCGUGCCCAUGUGGACUCGCUCGGCGGCCAAGAUCCAGCCCGUGGCCGGCACUGAGUUUGAGCUCUUUGGCGGCAACGUCACUGGCAAGGUCGAGAGCGCCGAGGCGCCCACCAAGCUCAUCCAGUCUUGGAACACAAAGUCGCCCGGAUGGCCUGCUGACCACUUUGGCACCAUGACCAUCACCCUCAAGCAGGGCUCGGACUCGACUACCCUCACCUUCAACCUCGCCGGCGUCCCGUCGGGCAAGGAGCAGGACAUUGAGCGCGCGCUCGACGCAUUCUACAUCCGGGGAUUGAAACAGAUGGGGUUAGUACUUGAUUCGUCUUCGCGCUCGUACAAGGAGACGCGGCGAGCGGCUGUUAAGACUGCCACUGGCACGGCCGCAAAGAAGCCGCAGCGCAAGCGCAAGCAGGAGACCGGUGCUGGCGCCGGCUCCCCGGGCCUGCUACAGCGCCUCGCGACUCCACAGGUCGUGGGCGGCGCCGCGGCCGUAGGCCUCGCGGCAGUCUUUGUCGGCCUCGUCGCGUCCACAUUCGCGCGUCCCGCAUAA